GUUCUGAGGAUCAUCGGCUCUCCGCCGAGCCCUCCACGGGGAGCGCCGCCCCGAGAAGUCCGCGCGGGGGGCGCCGCGCGCCCUCGGUGCUGGCCUCGGCCCCUGCCGAGGGCGAGGGCGGCGGCGGGCCCGCGGUGCGCCUCGGGAGCGGCGGCGGCCCGGGCGAGGAGGGGGCUGCCGAGGCGGGGUGGCCGUGCGAGGGCGAGGAGGGGCUGCCGUGCGAGGGCGAGGUUUCGGAGGAGGCAGAGCAGGAGAAGGAGGAGGAGGAGGAGGCGAAGGAGGAGGCGAGCGGCGGUGGCCACCACGGGCCGCCAGCCCUGGACUCCAGCGGGGAUAAGUCGUGGUCCAGGCUCCAGGUGCGCGCCUUCGACACCAUCAACAAGCAGUUCCGGGCCAAGAAAAGCGUGGUAGCCCAGCACGCCUCGGAAGACGCCAAGUUGGAGCGCGGCCUGAUGGCGCUGAUGGCGCGCUGGCAGCAAGCGGGCCAGGCGCAGGGGUGGACCCAGCGCUUCUUCGAGGUGGUUGAGCGCUGCCUAAGGGGCAUGGAGUUCAAAGAACGAGUGGCAGAGCUGAUGGGCAUGCAGGAGAGCACCAGGAGGAUGAGCUCGCUGGAGGACGUCGCGCAGCAGAGGGAGCAGGAGGGGUCCCAGAGCACCAUGGUGAAGCAGUACGAGGAGGCGUUCCAGCAGGCCGGGGGCCAGGAGAAGGCGGAGCCGCACUUCGAGCGGGUCAACCGGCUGUGCUGGCAGCUGCGCGAGGCGAGGCCCAGCGAGCGCGGGCGCCAGGACUGUGGCUUCGAGAUCCUCGGCAUGGGCGAGCUGUACAAUUCCACGGCCAUGUCGCAGCCGAAGCUCCUGCGCGAAGUCAGGCGCAUCGCAGCCAGGUCUGGCGGGACCGCCUUGUGUCCAGACCUGAAGGGGCGUGACCGGGCGAGGGCGAAGGCGCUCACGAAGUACGGCAACGAUACCGCCUGCCUGACCGACCUGAUGCGCGCCUCUAUCGUCUACCCCGACAUCGAUUCCCUGUACGAUGCGUUCAUCACCAUCCUCGAGGACGACCUGCAGAGCUACCGGCACGACUGGCACCUCGUCGAGGUCACUGACAGAUUCCAGAAGGUGCGGGACGGGUACCGUGAUAUCAGCAUGCUCUUCCGCGCCGACGGCAUCGUCGGCGAGGUGCAGCUGCACGUCGACAAGAUCGUGAACGCCAAGAAAGGCGGAGGCCAUGCUCACUACAAGAAGCAGCGCUUGGUCAACGAGCUCAUGUUCGAGGCGUGUGUGCUGAACGAGGAGGUGCAGGUGAUGAAACUGGCGAGCGAGUUCCAGUCCUGCGCCUCCACGGUGUGCGACAAGAACGGCCGCACCGCCGACGGCUGGGGGCUGCUGCCCUUCGAGCUGACCAUCGUGGGCGCCCACUUCGAGACGAUGGAGCUGCAAGCGGCCCGCCGGAAGGCCAAGAACCCGGUGCUGGCGCUCCUCACCGACGCGGGCAAGGAGCACAAUUUGGAGUCGUCGGACGCGAGUUGGAGGAAAGUUGGGAAACUGCUGAUGAGGGUCAUCAGGGAGCACCACGCGCAAGAGCAGCUGGACACAUGGUUCAUGAGCAACGUCGCGGCGGGCAAUAUCCCGAAGGUGCUCGCGACGCUCGAGGCGGACUUCGACAUGAAGGUGAAGCCCGGCCAGCCCUCGGCGAUGGACAGGGCAAUCGAGGCCGGCCACGUUGAGCUCGCGCGGCUGCUUGGGAGGCGGAACCCGCUGAUGGCCUUUGCUGCUGCAGGCGACCUGUCCAUGUGCAAGAGGCUGAUAGAGUGCAAGGCGCAGUUGGGCGGAUACGACGGUCACAAGUGCAGCGUCUUGGACUACGCGCGCGCGCUGGGACACACUCACGUCGAGGAGUACUUUGGGGAGCUGGGGUCUUUCCCGGACCUGCCCUUCCGGAAGGAGGGCAGCGAGCAGCCCGACCUCGGGAUGUACGUCUAUGGCGCGGUGCAAGACGGUUGCUGCGGGGCGAUCUCCCGCGUGUCCAGGGCGCUGGCCCGGGCGGAGGAGGGCUUCUUCAAGCAGGGCACCAUCGGCGAGGUGCUGGACUGCUGCUACGGCCCCUUCCAGUUCCCGUUGCUGCAGCUGGCCGUGCAGGCCGUGGGCUCCCUGCGCGGGGCCAGCCGGGAGGACGGCCCGGACCCGGCAGCGCAGGUCUGCGGCGCGCUGCUGCUGGCGCGCGCGGACCCGACCAGGCAGAACGGCAGGGGGGAGUCGUCGCUGUACGCAGCGGCGGCGUUGGGUGACGAGCGCUUGCACAAUGUCCUGCUGCGGGCGCUGCCCGAGGGAAUCGCAGAGAUUCUUGCGGACGACAGCACAGAGACGCUGAAGAGGGCGAUGCUGCGGCAGGACCUGGCAGAGCAUAUGAGGAACAAGCCGCCGACAAACUUGCUGCUUGUGAAGGCGACGUUCGAGAGCUUCAGGAUCGCGGGCCGCCUGGCCAGGAUGGAGACUUGGUUCCAGGAGGCCCACCAGACGUGGGCCGAGCUUGUCACGGAGGCGCAGAAGAGCGCCUCGUGGCGGGGCUGGCUCAAGGACCGCAAGAAGCUUGAUGACGAGGAUGCGAUCGUGAUCCCCCGCGGUGGGCGGCGAAGGGGAUCCAAGCGCCCAAACGGCGGCGCCGCCCGAGCGACCCGAUCGAACGGGUUCGAUGUUGCCAAGCCGACCUGCCCGAGGCUGCAAGCGCCUUCAGGCCCGAGGCUGCAGACGCCUUCGGGCCCGAGGCUGCAGGCGCCGACGCCGUCGGGCCCGACGCUGCAGCCGCCGAUGCAGCGCCGCACGGUGCUGGCCUGA